AUGGUGCAGCUCGGGGGCGGCCGCGGAGCCCCACCACCGGCCCCAGCCGCUCCUCCCGCUUUCAGCAUCGACAGCAUCCUGCAGACCGGUCCCCGCCGCCCGGCCCGGGAGCAGGGCAGAGCCCGCUGCGCCCUGCCGGAGGAGGAGGAUGAGGAGGAGGAAGAUGAAGAAGAGGGCCCUGCGGAGCGAGACCCCAAUAAAGGCUCCAACGACUCGGGCAGCGAGCCCCGCCGGCUGCAGGCAGAGGGGCCGGGCCGUGGGCUCCGCCCGGGGACCGAGGGCAUCGUCGCGGUGUCGCCCGCGGAGGGACCGCGCGGUCCCUGGCAGCCGUCGCCGAGAGAUGCUGGGGGUUGCGGCGGGGAGAGCGGCAGGUCGCCGGCGGUGGGAGGCAAGAAGAAGACGAGGACCAUCUUCUCCAAGAGCCAGGUCUUCCAGCUGGAGUCCACCUUCGACGUGAAGCGCUACCUGAGCAGCGCCGAGCGGGCCGGGCUGGCGGCCGCGCUGCACCUCACCGAGACCCAGGUGAAGAUCUGGUUCCAGAACCGGCGCAACAAGCUCAAGAGACAGAUGUCGGCCGAGCCCGAGGGGCCGGGGCCGGGGCAAGCGGAGCAUCCCGGGGAACCGCCACCCCUGGCUGCCUCCGCGGCUGUGUCCCUGCCGGCCAUUUACAAGGACAGCACCCUGCUCAGCCGCUGCCUGCUGCCUCUCCCCUUCCCUCUGCUCUACCCGGGCAGCGCCAUCCCUUACCUCUGCCUCCCCGGCCCGGGCAAACACUUCAGCUUGCUGGAUGGGGACGUAUAGCCUCGCCCCUCGGCUCCCCCCGUUCUUCUUGCCGGGGGCCGCACCGAUGGUAUUUAUGCCCCAGCCGUGUCCGCCUUCACCCCGAUCCGUGGCAGCCGCCCCCCUGCCCACGGAGGGGAUGCCCGGGCUCCCCCCCGCGUGUCCGUGGGCAGCCUACACGUUGUUAGAGCUCUCGCAGCGCUCUUUCUCUGGGCAGGACGGAGGAGAGAACGGAGGUGCCAAAGAAACAGGGCUGUGUUCUACCUUCCUC